UAGCUUCUACAUAAAAUGAAUGUUCAAACCCUGCAACUCUAUCUUCCCAUCGUCGCUUCGAAAUUGAAAUCGACUUCAAGCCCUUUCUCCAUUGUACUUCGUCGAUUCUCGGCUUCCAGAAUUCGAUAUUUUAGUGAGAAGAAUGGUGUUCGGUCAAGUAGUAAUUGGCCCCCCGGGCUCGGGGAAGACUACUUACUGCAACGGCAUGUCCCAAUUUCUUCAGCUUAUCGGAAGGAAAGUAGCUGUAAUCAAUUUGGAUCCUGCGAAUGAUUCACUGCCAUAUGAAUGCGCCAUUAACAUUGAGGAUCUUAUCAAACUUAGUGAUGUUAUGAGUGAGCACUCGCUUGGGCCUAAUGGAGGUCUUGUUUAUUGUAUGGAUUACUUAGAGAAAAACAUUGACUGGUUGGAGUCCAAAUUGAAGCCUCUUCUGAAAGAUCACUACCUUCUUUUUGAUUUCCCUGGCCAAGUUGAAUUAUUUUUCCUCCAUUCAAAUGCCAAGAAUGUCAUAGACAAACUUAUAAAGAAGUUGAAUCUUAGGUUGACUGCUGUGCACUUAGUAGAUGCACACCUUUGCAGUGAUCCAGGAAAAUAUGUGAGUGCACUACUUCUAUCGCUGUCAACAAUGUUGCAUCUGGAACUUCCUCACAUCAAUGUAUUGUCUAAAAUUGACCUUAUUGAAAGCUAUGGGAAACUAGCUUUUAAUCUUGAAUUUUACACAGAUGUUGAAGAUUUGUCUUACUUACAACAUCAUCUCAAUCAAGAUCCUCGUUCUACUAAAUACAGGAAAUUAACAAAGGAACUGUGUGAAGUAAUCGAGAAUUAUGGCCUGGUCAACUUCACUACCUUGGAUAUUCAGGAUAAAGAGAGUGUGGGGAAUCUUGUUAAACUCGUAGACAAGAGCAAUGGGUAUAUAUUUGCUGGCAUAGAAGGAAGUGUUGUUGAGUUCAGCAAAAUUGCCGCUGCUCCUCUUGAUUGGGAUUAUUAUAGAACAGCAGCCGUGCAAGAGAAGUACAUGAAGGAUGAUGAUCUGGAUUUUGAUGACUGAUAAUUGGGAAGCAGGGGUCAUAUUGUACUAUUAUGAUCGUGUUGGUGGUUGCUUCUCGCCAUCAGAUGUACAGCAUGGUAGUGGUCUAAAGUUGAAGCAUAUGCACUGCUGAAAGUGAAAGCUGCAUUUGGUGGUGGUUGUUUGGGGGGGGGGGGGGGGGGGGGGGGGGGGGCGGGGGGAUCAGUUUAAAAUGGUUCACUGGUUGUCAGAGAACUGGAAUUUUAGUUAUUUCUGGAUGCAGCAAAUCUUUACAUGGGUUCAAAUGGGGCAGCUGGACACAUUGCCCAUUAAUGGAAUUGGAAAUAACCUAAUUCACAUUAAGAUAUUUGCAAUUCAUGUGCAUACUGGAAGAGUAUUGCACAAAACUCCAUAUGAUGUUCUGUUUUGACAGAUAUCUUAACUUCGCUUGAUUUACUCUUAA